GGGGGUUGUACAUCGCGCGGGCAUCGAAACGCGUCGAAACGCGACGCGGUCGGGGAUCGGACUGACUCGCGCGAAUCGAUCGGCGGCCUCCGUCGUCGUCGUCGUCCUCUUUCACCCGGCGACGAGGAAGCGUUCGUCGACGAGAACUCGGGAAUUUGGUUGAACACGGUGAAUCUCGCGGAGGACCUCGCAAAAACGGGGAGGUUUCUCGCGCCGCAGAUAUAUACAGAUACGGAUAUAUAUUUGCCGGCUGGCGACCUCGUUAUUACCCCUAGAAGAUCGAACGGGCGGGAUACUUUUCCCUCGCUAGAGCUAUGAAUGGAAGUGCGAAAUUUUCUCCUUCCGGGAUAUUGUUGUGAGAGACGAUCGAAUCGUCGACGUGGUGGAAUGUUGAGACUCGUUCGCGGCGUUCGACGAUCCGCUCUGGCUGACAACGGGUGAUGAUAGAAAUCGGUGCUUCAACGAACGAACUAAUGUAUAAAUUGAAGAGCAAUUGAGAGAAGGAGAGAGGAUUGGAAAAACAAUUUUUUUCGGGGGAGGAAAGGGAAAUAUGCGCGAAUAAACGGCCGCGAAAAAAAAAAUCGUCGAGCCAUCAAUUACGCUUGUUAAGCAAAACGAUUAACAGCGCUAAAAAGCUUGAAAAACUGAACCAAUCGAUUCUAAAUAUCUUUCAAACCAAAUUUGUUUAAAAGGGAGGAUAGAGGGAAGGUGUGUGUGUAUGUGAGAGAGAAAGAAUCAAACGCGAGAGAGGGUGAAGAUCAAACGCGGAAGCGAGAGAACAACGAACCUCGCUAUUUAUCGCGCGGAAAUUUUUGCUCUCUGUCAAAAAGUAAAACAAUUCGCGCCGGUGAAAAGCAAAACGCAUAUGUUUGCCGCUGUUGGAAAAUAAAGUCAGAUUUAUAUAAGGGUAGAUUUUUCCACGAACUCGUCCGUCGCUUUCGAGUGUUUCGCCACUUUUUACGUGUGUUUUAUAUAUCAUCGUUUUUUUUUUUUCAUAUACGCGCCCACCUUAUACAUUUUAGAUAAAUCCCCGACAGUGUCUUUUCCGCGAAAGUCCUCGAAAUGAUACGAGGGAUGAUUGAUCACGGCGGAAAUUGAGGAGGACCAGCAGGAGUGAGAAUAAACAACCCAUCGAGUUGCCGUGGAUCUCUUUCCUUCUCUCUCUCUCGAAACACCGAUCUGUCAUCGCCAUUGUCGAAUCGCCUAACGGCAGCCCUAAAACCUACCAUCCCCCGAAAGGGGGUAGUAACCCCGGAGGGAUAAUCUCCCGCAGAGAAAGGCGGCUACCUCUCUCUCUCUCUCUCUCUCGUCAAAACGCGUUGCGCCAUUUCAGGUGCGAGAGCUUCGCGUGUACAAGUGUGCUUUAGUGUGCUUUCGAGUGCUUCGAGGUGCGCUUCCUCUCUCUCUCGUUUUCGCGAGUUCUACACGAAUAGGUGAGGAAAGAAAUUCGAGGAGCAUCAAAAGACUUCGGUGAUUAAUGAGCGCGGGUAAUUAAGAAACAUUAAGGACAGGCUGCCGAACGACUCCGAGAGAUCGUCGCACUGUUCGGAGAGAAGCGUGUCCAUCUCUCUCUCUCUCUCUUUCGGUCUCUCUUCAAGAGAGAUCCUAGCCGGAGGACAUCGCCGCGGGGUUGACGGUGGGAGGAGGUUGUCUACCUUCGAGGUAAGAGGAAGCGAGACCGAGGGUGGGUGAGAGAGAAAGAGAGGGGAUGGGAGGCCUUUAGGGGUGGAAAAUCGUUGGAGAAUACCGUCGCGGUGAAAUCACUCCUCUCGAACGCUCGCGAGACGAUCAGACCACGAAGCAUCCACGUCCUUUUGCCUGCCUGAGCCCUGAGAGUCGUGGGGUGGAAGUGGAGGAAGUGGCUGUCUGAUCUCCGGACGGAAUGACAAUAAGACUCCCCUUUGAUUAAUCGAGGAAGGAAAGAGAGAGAGAGAGAAAGGGAAAGAUAUAUAUAUAUAUAUAUAUAUAUAUAUAAUUAGUCUUCUCUCUCCGCGCUCGAAGCGGCGGAUUGUUUUGCAAGUGUUAAGAAGUUUCGGCUCUCCCUCUGCUUAUAGAACCGACUAAAUAUAACUGCAGCCGAGUAACUUGUAACUAAUUCAAACGAGCGAGCGACGUUUGAAAUAGUUUGCCGCACGCGUUCAAAUACCGUUCCUUCACCGAGAUGUGUGUAUGUGUAAGAGCGGACACGAGAGUAAAGUAUAUAUAUAUAAAUUAAUCAAAAAUAGCGCACGUAUACAAUAAAAAAAGGAGACAUCGGUGGAGAACGUUUUCGAAAGAAAAAAAAAAAACACUCGGUUGUGCGUCAAUCAGGUAUAUACAUGAAGAAUUUUCACGUCAAUAUAUAUAAUUAUAUAUAUUGUCCCUGGAUUGAAAGUGUAAUUUUUCAUCAGCCGGGGCGACAAUAACGCGAAUGAUUUCGGAGGGAGACGGUAUAAGUAGAGUGGAUCGAAAUUAUAGAAUCGUGUGCAGCCAGUGGAAGAGGUCGGCGCUUGAUCAGACGAAACCGGCCGGUCCCGGAGCUGCGCUACUGAAAGGAACUCAUUUGCUUAAGGAGAUCUUUUGCUGUACAAACACGGAGAGACAGACGUAUGUAAGCUACGUCCCUCUGUAAAAUCGUGAAUUGCGAGAAAGGGGCGUGUAUAUCUCUCUGCGAAUGGACCGAUAUAAUGAUAACAAUAGCACGUCAAUGUGUUAACGAGAUAGUGCGAGAAAUUUGUAAUAAUCCAUCGGGUAUCAUCGCGGGAAAAAUUCCGAUGUGGAUGUGUGUUUUUUGCGAUGUCCAUCUUUAUUUGAGCCGUGGCGCACGUCAAUUUGAAACGCAACAGUGAGUAAUCCCGGACCUCCAUGCAUCUUUCUGGAACGAAUACCGGGAUGUAAUCGACAACGAUAACCACGAACGAUAACAAAUCACGCGAGAGGCAGCGAGAGAAAAAUCGCGAGGAAUUUUGGAGCGAGCGCGAAAACGUAAAAGCUAUGGUUUCACGAAGGACGAAUUGGUGAAAAAUAAUGGUGAGAGAGAAUAUUAUAACGUAAAAUGAUAAGCGAGCACGCAACAAGAGAGGAAGGAAAAGAGAGCGCAAUUGGAUGUUACAACGUGACUGAGGACAAUAACGUUAAGAGAGGAUAAUCGAAGGCAAUCACGUGAAAACAUGAGCCGUUGUUGAACUUGAUACCGUGACAUAAUCGAAAACGGCGAUAUAUUUUAGCAACGGAUCGAUCGGGACGGGACAGAUAUUGCGACAGCAAUAGGCGAGGCUACGUUAACAUCAUCAAGUUGAUGCGGAAGGUACAUAAAUGAAUCCGAUACGAUCUAAGAAAUAACAUAAAGCGAGAAAACAUCGUGGCAAACCUUUCGCACUGACUUUCGACAGUGAUACGGUGCGCGAGGACGUAGAAAUAAAGGAGACGGUGAAGAAAGCGAGGACUCGUCCAGGUAUUUCGAUGUGCUUCGACGACGGGCGGUCGAGGAACUUGUUAAAGGAUCCGCGCUCGGAUAGGUGAGCGCGCGUUCGUCCCGCACGCAAGAUCCGGGACGAGGAGGACUCUUCUCUUCGCAGAGGUGGAAUGACAAUAAAGGGACGGCGUGGCCGCGGAGUGGUAUCAUGCGGAGGACGGAUCUGAGCGGCGCGCCAGCGAGGUGUCCGGCGAAGGUGUCGCAUCCCUUACGUGGGAUGGCACUCGGGACGCUGGCCGAGAUUGCGGUGAGACUCGUGAUUAGCGGCUACAUAUUCGCCGUGGUCGUCUACGUGAAUGCCAGCGGCAACUGGGAUAAGGACGAUGACCUAGUGUCCUCGUCUAAGGUCAGCGCCGUACUUGGUCGUACCGCCACUUUGCCUUGCGACAUUGAGCCGUCCACGCGAGAAGAUCGCGUCUACAUGGUACUUUGGUUCCGCGAUUAUGCGGUGAAACCCAUUUACAGUUUUGACGUGCGAGGCCGGGCCUUCAACAAGGCCCUGAACUGGUCGGACAGCACCGCCGUGGGACCCAGGGCCUACUUCGUCACCGUGACGAAACCCGCCGCCCUUUCCCUAGAGGCUGUCCAGCUGGACGACGAGGGCGUCUACAGAUGCCGCGUAGACUUCAAGAACUCGCCGACCAAGAACUUCCAAGUGAAUCUCACGGUGAUCGUGCCGCCGCAUCAGCUGCUCAUCUAUGACAGUUCUGGGGUGCAGGUGGAAAACGUCGCCGGACCGUUCCGGGUCGGGCUGGAGUUCGGCUUGUCUUGCGAAGUAAGAGGAGGAAAACCGACGCCGGUGGUGAGCUGGCUGGUGGACGGCAAGGAGGUGAACGGCAGACUCGAAGAGUUCGAGAACCAAAACAUCGUCGUCAGCAAAUUGACGGUGCCGCAGCUGCGACGGGAGCACCGCAACACGACGUACAAAUGCCGGGCGAGCAACACGCAUCUAAUACCGCCGCUGGAGAAGACGGUGAUCCUCGACGUUUAUCUAAAACCGCUAACCGUGAAGAUACUGUCGAAAUUAACGAUCAUGGAAACGGAAAAGGACUACUCCAUCACCUGCGAGGCGACAGGCUCGCAUCCCCGAGCUCGCAUCACCUGGAUCGAGGGGAACGAGACAUUUCGGAAUGGCAAGACGAUGGAGAACGAGAACGCGUCGGUGGUUUUGAGCACCCUGAUAUUCUCGCCCGUCCCCGAUGAUCACGGAAAGAUCCUCAAAUGUCGCGGCGAAAAUCCAGCCCUGACGGAUGCCUACUUGGAAGACUUCUUCAAGCUGAACGUCGUCUUUCCGCCUAAGGUACAGUUGCAUCUGGGCAGCACCCUAAAUGCGGAGAACAUAAAGGAGGGCGAUGACGUCUACUUCGAAUGCAAAGUCCGCGCUAAUCCGGAGCAUCACAAAAUCACCUGGCGCCAUAACGGCGCCGUGCUGACGCAAAACUAUUCGGCUGGUAUCAUCAUGAGCACCCAGAGCCUGGUGCUGCAGGGUAUAGGUCGCGACAACGCGGGAAAUUACACGUGUCUCGCCAGCAACGAUCGCGGAGAAACGACAAGUCCGAUUGUGAAUCUGAGAGUACAGUUCGCGCCGGUUUGCACGUUGAAGGAGGUGACGAUCAUCGGAGCCUCUCUCGAGGAGUCCGUCAAGGUGCGCUGCGAGGUCGACGCCGACCCGAGCGAGGUCGACUUCUUCUGGGAGUUCAACAACAGCGGCGAGAACUUCGAGGUCACCGGCCAGGCGAGAUUCGACGGUAACAACGGCACCAUGAGCGAGCUCAUCUACACCCCGCAAUCCGAAAGGGAUUACGGCGCCCUGACCUGCAAGGGUAGAAACGCGAUAGGGAAGCAGGAAACGCCUUGCAUCUAUCAAGUCAUCCCGGCAGUGAAACCGAAUCCCCUGAACAAUUGCACUAUCAAGGCGUCGUUAAACCAGAGCUCGGAGAUUCUGGAGGUCGAGUGCGUGCCGGGAUACGACGGCGGGCUUCACCAGGAGUUUCGCCUCGAGGCUUACGAGGUACUGACCGGCAAUCUUCGGGUGAACGCAUCCAGCGUCUCAGCCGAUCUGCCGAUCUUCCGAAUCGCCGUGGCGGAUCUUUUGCCGGCCACGCACUUCUACCUGGUGACGUACGCCGUGAACGCUAAGGGUCGCAGCGAAGUGUCGCUACUGGAGGAUAUAAUGUUGCGAGACUCGGAGAAGCAUACGGACACCGGAGUUAGCAUGCUGCCGUUGAUUCUCUUGCUGAUCGGCUGCCUGUUGGCCUUCGGCGUGACGGUGAUCUCGGUGAUGCUGAUGAUGUAUCGACGUCGUGGCACCACGUCACCCGUGCACAUUGAACCCUACAUGAAACAGCCGAUAAUCACGCCGCCGGAUUCGAGGAACAAUUCGAUGCUGGACGUGACCCACGGCGACCACACGUACUUCGUCGAGUAUACGCUGAAACAGGUCACCGAUUACGCGCUCAAUAAUCAGCCAGAUAUCAUACAGUCGCCGCAAGGUAAUACAUACCAAGACAAGAUUAAACGAGAGCCACAACUGUUUUUGCCAGUGAGACCGGAUACAUUAUUCGCGCCCUAUGAUAUUCACAAGCAGGGAUUGCAGACAAACAGAUGCAGCCUAAAUCCCUUCUCGGCGAAGCCCUGGGAGCCCAUCAGCUUCAAGGCCGAUCGCAAUCUGAUGAAGGAGCUCAUCAUCGCCAAUUCCAUACCUGGCCCAGAGAGCUGCGUGUAAACUUGAUCGCGGGAGUGAAUCGAGACGCAAAUACCUACACACACUAUACACACAACAAACAGACAUGCAUACACAUAUGCACACGCUACCUAGCACAGAACGAUCGAUUUCGAAAGCCUGAAAACUGUAUCGCGCGUUUGGACACACGCGGAUAUAUCAACGCAAAGUCAACGAAUCUCGUGUCUCGCCUGUUAUAACUCGCGCGCCGGUGUGACAUAUCAUCGAUGACGAUAUCGUAGCGGAUAACAUACAUAUCAGCAUAUCGUAGCAUAUCGUGGCGCGCCACGAUCUCUCUCCCCCGAUGAUCCUCGGGAGUUUUUUUAGAUCCCCCGUCGAUCCAGCGCGAGACCGGGACGAGAAGUCGCGAAUGUCGUCGCGACACGACCUAGUCGCAUAAUUUAACCGAACGCUACACAUGGUGUACUAUUCCAAGUUUAAUAUAUUUUGUGUCAAGUCUU